AUGUCGAAGAAAGCGGUCAGUCGUAAAAUGACGGAAAAUUGCGACCUUUUCGCGAAAAAACAGACCUUCCAGCGAAAACCUCAUUUAAAACGGAAACCUGCUGAAAAAUCGAAAGACAGUGAUAAUUCCCUGUAAUUAUCAUCGUUCGCACCGAAACUUCGCUCGAAACGGUGCAAAAGUGUGGAAAAGUGGGCGGGAAGAGGUGCGACCGCCCAUCUCUGGCCUCUAUUCGGUUGUUGUACACAGCACCGCGCCGAGCGAGCCGUCCGUCUCACAUUUCUUAUCAAUUUUGUCAUUUUGCCCCGAUUUUUGUGAGUAAAUGCUCGAAAUGCUGACUUUUUCUGAAAUUCCCCCAAACCUUCUCGCUCUGUUCGUCGUUUUCUCCGCGUUUUUGCGAAAAUCUCGCACUUUCUUUUUUAGCAAUUUCACCCCGAUCGGACGGUUCAAACUUGCGAGCGGAAAACAUGGUUGCGGCUGGCGAUGUAGGCAAAAUUGAAAAAUACAAACUUUUAGCCCAGAAACGAAUUUGUCCGCAUAAUUCCCUUUUUUUGCAGAUCAAUGUGCGUGUCACCUCGAUGGACUCGGAACUCGAGUUCGCCAUCCAGUCGAGCACCACCGGAAAACAACUUUUUGAUCAGGUUUGUUUCCCGAAUUUCUUCAAUUUUUUUGUGAACUCAUCAUUUGCAGGUGGUCAAAACGAUCGGCCUCCGCGAAAUCUGGUAUUUCGGCCUUCAGUACACGGACAACAAGGGAUUUCCGACGUGGCUGAAGCUGAACAAGAAAGUGAUGUCGCAGGACGUGAAAAAAGAUCCGACGCUCGUGUUCAAGUUCCGCGCCAAAUUCUAUCCGGAAGACGUCGCCGAGGAAAUUAUUCAGGACGUCACUUUGGUGCGUUUCCCGGCCAAUCUGGAAAAGUUUGAAGAAAUUUUAUGUAAAUAGCAGUUCUCAUUAAUUUUCUGGAGACAUUUUUGAGUGGAAUACUGAUUUUGGCUCAAUCCCCCUUGUUAGUCACUCAACUAUUUGUUUAUUUUUCAAAUUCCUUCCUAUGACCGGAAAAAUGUAAAAAAUGCGAAAAAAUAAUGAGUCAUUGAUAACAGAAAAGUAGUUUUCAACUCUAACACCCGCUAGGAAUGUUAGAAAUUUAAAACAAAAAAUUACAGCUUCAAAAAAUGUUCACAAAUUGAAUGCAAAUUUUUGGCGCUCGUUGCUUGUUCGGUGAAUAUUUCCAGGGCUGGGCAAUUGGUCGGCAAUUCGAUCAGGCCCAAACUUUGCAGGUUUCUUGGACUUGGAUUGAAGUAUAUUGGGUCCAAGUCUCAGACCGUUCGGAUCAUCUGGUCCCGAGCUAUCUGGAUCAGAAGCCGAAUAGGCCGGGUGUUUGCGAAAACUGCGAUCGGGCUGAAAACUUGGACCGAUUAGACUUCAAUGCAAGUCCAAGAAGCCUGCAAAGAUUGGCCCAGGACAAGGGCCGUCCAAUUGCCCAGCUCUGAAUUUUUCUAAAUUUAUAGUCAUCCUCGUCCCCCCUCAAAGAAUCAGAAACAAUUCGCACCGUUGUCCGGUCAAUUUUUGGUUUUUAGUUGUGUGCAUUUUCCCUCUCUCUCUCUCCGAUUGUACGAUUUUCGCACUGAUAAUAGUGUUGCCAUACAAUAUAUACAAAACGCGAAAGUUGUGUGGCAGUGACAACCGGCUUACACGGCCACAAACCACCCGAAAAACGGUUUUCGUCAUGUUGCAAUUGGGAAUUUUCUGGAAGAAAUGAGGAAUUGACGCGAGAAAUUUGGGCAAGAAAGCGUUUCCUCAUCACAUGCUUUUCCGCCCCAAAAAAGCGUCCAAACUGGCCACGGGUUUGUGUAUAUUUUGACGGUGUCGGCUGAUUUGAACGCGAGUAAACAUUGUCCCCGCGUCGACCGAGUUUCCGAUUACGUUCGCUCCGAAAAAGGCACUUUUCGCUCGUUUUCUUUCGACCAAAAAAGAUGGUUUAAUGGUUUGUAAACAGGCGAUGAGCAAGCGGCAAGAAAAUCGGAGAGAAAUUAGUGAGAUGGGUGGUCUUGGAGGGGAUCUUCUUUUUUGCUCCAAUUCUGCACUUUUUGCAAUGAGUCAGAGGCGGAAAUAUAAAAUGAGUAUUAGUCAUUCGCACUCUCGACUGUGUUUGAAUGGAAAAACGAGCGUGACGGUUCUCUUUUUCCCUUUUUUCACUGCCGACACUCUGAGUCAGACAGACGAUAUUUCAGCGCGCCUUUUUUGGAGUAUAUGAACAAAAAAGGAACACUGGGGGGAUUUUAGAAGGAAAAGCUAACAUUUUGGAGCAUUUGUGAGAGUGUAAAGGGAGGAAAAAUGGGAAAUUGAAGGACCAGGGAAACGUGCGAGUUUAACAAACAAGCGGCGGAGCGUUAGCUCGGACCGCGCACCGGGUUCCAAAAGUAUUGUGUAUUAAAAAAAACUGUUUACAGCGUCUGUUCUACCUGCAAGUGAAGGACGGAAUCCUAUCGGACGAGAUCUACUGCCCACCGGAGACCUCGGUGCUUCUUGCCUCGUACGCGAUGCAGGCCAAGUACGGAGACUACGUACCGGAGACUCACAUCGCCGGAACCAUCGCUGGCGAACGGUAAGCUCAUCGUUUUUUGAAAUGGAAGAUGUGAUUUCUAAAUUCUUCUGACAAUUGUUUUACGUUGAAAGCCAUUUUUUGCAAGAGUUUCUAAAUCUUUCCACCAAAUCCAUCAAUUUCUGAAUUGCAGUCUGCUGCCGCAACGUGUUCUGGGACAGUUCAUGUUGAACAGCGAGGAAUGGGAGCGCCGGAUCAUGACUUGGUGGGCGGACCAUCGGGGAACGACCCGCGACCAGGCGAUGCUCGAGUACCUCAAAAUCGCCCAGGAUCUCGAGAUGUACGGAGUCAAUGUGAGUCUAUUUUUGCCGAAAUUUUUUUCUUCGUUUUUUUACGUCAAAAACACAAUUCAACUAGGCUGGUAGAAUAGACGAAACAACGCGCCUGACGAAGGCAAACUGUCGCCUUUCACAAAAAGGUGUCCGUCUAAAAGCGGAAGGCGGAAGGCGUGAUAACGCCCGAGGUAAAAGGGCACGGGUCAGGUCUGGGCAGGCGAUCCGUUUCCCACUGUUUGAGAAAAUUGUUGCAAAAAAUCUGGGGGCGAGAGAAAUAUCAUUUGCGCGGUAAAAAAGAGAGGCAAAGACGAAAAAGUUAAAGGCGCAUAGAAAUAAAUUUGAUGCUAUGCGCCUUUAACUGUCUACCGUCUGCGUCUCUCUCUUCUACCGCGCAAAUGGUAUUUCUAUCGCACUCAGAUUUUUUCUCCGUUUCCAUUGGUUAUCCGCCCAGGCCUGGCACAGGUCGCCUUCUCUGUGAACGCGUCCGACGGCCUUUUUACCUCACUAGGGAAUGGCCCGCACUUACCUUGGGCUUUUGGAAUGGGACCUAUAUGAUUCGAAAGAGAAUUUCACGGAGAAUCCGAAUCUGCUCUCAAUUUUUGCUAAAGAGCACUGGCUGGCGAGAAAAUCUGCCUGUUUUUGCCACAUUUUCAAGCAAGUUCAUCUUCGGCGACCUGUAUCUCAAGAACCACGCGUCCGUUGCAAAAGUGGUCAACUAGUAAGUUAACGCAAAUUAUCUCGGGAAUAACUUUGUAGUUGAUCGUCUAUUUAAAAAAAAAUUAGUUUUCGAGUUAUCGUCGCUUUUUUCUUUGUCGCUCUAGGAAAACAGUUUCAAACUCGAAAACUAAUUUUUUUUUAAAUAGACGAUUAACUACAAAGUUAUUCACGAGAUAAUUUGCGUUAACUUACUAGUUGGCCACUUUUGCAACGGACGCGUGUUUCGGCUCAAAAUGCGAUUCAGUUUCGGCUCAAAAUGAUCGAAUCUACCUCGAAAGUUUAGGAAAUUGAUAGAAUCAAAAGUGAAUGCUAUUUUUUUCCUCUGAAUUCCUCCGUUUUCAGUACUUUGAAAUUCGCAACAAGAAGGGAACGGACCUCUACCUGGGCGUCGACGCUCUCGGACUGAACAUUUACGACAAAUCGGACCGUCUGUCGCCGAAAGUCGGUUUUCCGUGGUCGGAAAUUAGAAACAUCUCGUUCAACGACAAGAAAUUCGUCAUCAAACCUAUUGAUAAGAAGGCUCAUGUAAGUUUGAAUGAUAAGCUCCGAAAAGAGUGAUUCUCUUGCCACGCACUUUUUUCUCCGUGGCAAAUAAGUAUUUGCAAGAUUUUCCAGGGAAUUUGUGGAAAAUUGGGAUAGAAUAUUGAUUUUUCGCAAUUUUCUUAAAGUGAGAUCUUUGAAAAUAUGCACGCUUUCAUGAUAUUAAAUACAAAAAUGAAAAUGAUAUUGCAGGACUUUGUGUUCUACGCGCCGCGCCUCCGCAUCAACAAGCGCAUUUUGGCGUUGUGCAUGGGCAACCACGAGCUGUACAUGCGCAGAAGAAAGCCGGACUCGAUCGAAGUGCAACAGAUGAAGCAGCAGGCGAAGGAGGAGCGCGCCCUCAAAAUCGCCGAGCAGGAGAAGCUCACCAGAGUACGUUUUUCGCACCGAUUCUGCUGGGAGUGUUUCCUGAUUCAAUGAAAAUUGGGUAUUUGAAUGAAUUGCAGGAGAUGUCGGCUCGCGAAGAGGCGGAAGCGCGCCAACGGGACGCCGAGAAGCGCAUCGCCCAAAUGCAGGAGGACAUGGAGCGGGCGCGCAUCGAACUCGCGGAAGCGCACAAUACGAUCCAUUCGCUGGAGUCGCAACUCAAGCAAUUGCAGUUGGCGAAGCAGGCGCUCGAGCUGAAAGAGCACGAACUGAGGGAGCUGACGGCGCAGUUGCAGUCGGAGAAGGCGAUGAGCGACGACGAACGGCGCCGGCUGAGGGACCAGGUGGAGGCGCGUGAACAAGAGGUCUACACGAUGCGGCAGGAGGUCCAGAGACAGACCACCGUCACGCAACAGCUGCAGACACAGGUAACUGAUCUACAGAAUUUUUUCCGAUUUUUUUGGGCCAAGAUUCGUCUGGCAAGAACAGGUGGACGCGUUAUUUAGUUUGAAGAUUUUAUACUAAGAAUCUGAAUUUAAUCAGAUCAUGACUUCGAGACGAUUUAUCCCAUUGCAAAUAAAACUUUUUGAUAUUGCAGAUCUCGACGCAGCAGCACGUGCAACAUUCGUACUCGAACCACCAUAAUCUUUCGAACGGACACGGACACCCACGCGACGAGCAGGCCACCGACGAUGAGGAUAACGGAGCCACUGGUUGGUCGAACAAACACCUUUGAAAAAAUUAUCGCCGCUUCGAAAAAUGUCUAUGUAAAAAUUGCAAAACAUUGAAAAUUUGGUCGAUAAUGAGUACUGAGUCUACUGACUUGAAGAGUGUGUCUUCCGAACCGUUGUUAGUUUUUUUGCUAGUAUUUUAAUUUCAAUUUUUCCUAAUCAAGAAAUCGAUCAAACAAAUAUAUAUGAUUUCCAGAACUGACCAACGACGCCGAUCGGGACGUUCCGCAGCACGAGCUGGACCGUGUCACCGCGGCCGAGAAGAACAUUCAGAUCAAGAAUAAAUUGGACAUGCUCACGCGCGAAUUGGACAGUGUCAAGGACCAGAACGCGAUCACCGACUACGAUGUGCUCCACAUGGAGGUACGGUUUCUUUUAAAAAAGAGCCGGCCGCAUCGGCCGCGUUUCAAUUGAUGUCCAGAUCAGAUUAUCCCAUCGACCAAUGUGCUCCACCGAUUGAAAAAUCUGCUUUUCUCUCUCGAUAAAAAUGGUUGUCUUUUGCAGAACAAGAAGGCGGGACGCGACAAGUACAAGACUCUUCGUCAAAUUCGCGGCGGAAACACAAAACGACGAAUCGAUCAAUACGAGAAUAUGUAAAAUGUCUCUGUCAGACCCUCCAAAAGAAAACUAGGACAAAAAUUCCAUACGUUAGCCCCCAAAAUUCUAUUUUUUCGGUUCUUCUUCCGUUCACUUUCCCCCCAAAAUUCAGUGCCUUUUCACCCUUUAAAAAAAACGUCUCCUGAUUUCCGUGAAUUUUUUGUCCCCCCGAAUAUCUCGGUUUCCCCCCGGCUCCGUCCCUCCACCCCAAUUUGUUGUAUUCGCUCAUAUCUCCCCGAACAAAUUAUCAAUAUUUGCAAAAAUUCGAAUAAUUUAUUCCUCCCUUCCCCAACCGCUUUUCCGCCGCCAAAAAUGGACCUAAUUAUGAUGUUUUAUUUUAAUUUUCCCGGAUUUUCACUUUUUCCCUUCAUCUGAAAAUGCGCAAGACCCUUUCCCGAAAUUCUACGCCUAUUCUCGUGUUUGUGUGAAUUAAAAUAUUUUCUAUGAGUAUUUUAAUUUAAUGUUUCCCAUUAUUAAUCGUCCCUCCGAUGAUAUUUGCUCUGUUUCUUUGUCUCAACUAACUGAUAAAUGUGUGAUAAGUGGAACAAUGGGCUUCUAGUUAAAAUUGUGAACAACUCAAUGGGGAAUACAUUUUUAGUGGAAACAUUGUCAGAAAAAUGAAUUUUUUUUUUGGAAAAUUAGACGCCGCAAUGCUCCGCGAAUUCCGGCCGGCUUCUCAUGGUUUCUGGGUUUGCCAAACGAGGUAAAUCGAUUGAAAUCAAGUAUUUUCAAGUACCGAUGAAAUCCACAUUAUCGGGGGCAUUUGAGAAAAAAUCCGGGUGCGAGAGAAAUGCCAUUUGCGCGGUAGAAGAGAGAGGCGCAGACGAAAAAGUUAAAGGCGCAUAGAAAUAAAUUAAUUUCACUUCACAACCGUUUUUCAAACAGCAGGCUGAAAUAGCACAACCGCGAACUGUCGGCUGAUUGUGCCCGCGCGCGCGCGCUCCGUGAGCCUUCGCAAAUUUCCGAUGCAAAUACACAGAUUCAUCUUUUCCGUUUUCUUGUGUUCAUUCCGAUUGAAACUCACAAGCAGCAACGAUCAUUUCGAUGAAAAUGCUGGCUGAGGGUGUCGAACUCUAGCAAUUCGAUAUUAAUCUAAUUAGAAAGUUACUGAUCUAAACGCGACCUAAUUAGAUUCGACUGUUUUUUCUUGGCGCAAUCGAGAUUUGAGCCAGCAGACGUUGAAACUUGAUUGGAGCACUUAUUAAUCUAGCUAGACAAUUUAUUAAUCUAAUUAGGUGUCAUAUCAAUCUUAUUAGGCCGCCGUUAGAUUAAUAACGAAAUGCCAGAGGAAUGGUGGCGUCCUCAAAUAAAUCGUUUGUAAUCUAGCUAGCUAUUUCUAACCGGACCUAAUUAGAUUGCAAAUUCUUCUAACUGGACUGAUAAAUGUUCUAAUUAAAUUGGCGAAGCUAAUUAGAUUGCAAAAACACUGAUAUUAGAUUCAAAAUUUAUCUAAUUAGAUUAAAAUUUCGGGCAAACCUAGCUGGAUUAUGUUUAGAUUGCAAAAUCAGCUAGCUAGAUUCAGAAAUCUGUAGCAAUCUAACUAGGUCCGGUUAGAAACGAGAACUAGCUAGUUAGAUUAGAAACGAUUUGCCUGAGUCCGGGGUGGAAAUCGAAAAAUGAUUCGACACUGCACAAAUAAUUCAAUUUCUUUUCAGAUUUUUCACAAAAUCCGCCUCAAAAACGUACUAUGAAGUGCUCGGAGUGGAAAAGACGGCGACGUUGGCGCAAAUAAAAUCGGCAUUUUACGAAAAAUCGAAAAAAGUGAGCGAAUUUAGGCGCUUCCAGCAUUUUAUGGACAUUAUUGUAUUGUACAAUUUAUACAAAUUUACGCAUUAUUGAAACCGAUUUUCACAAUUAAAUCACUAUUAUGCCGGAUUCUCGGUGGCGGGUCUCGCACGGAACGAAACUUUUCAAGCUGGGGUUGUGCGCCUUUAAUUUGAGGAGUAUCGAUACGAUAGAUCACACUUCUCCCCAUUUUCUGACAAAAAACUGCUUUCGGACGGAAUGUGAAGUGAGAAAAAAUUGUAUACAAGCCGUCUUUAGUUCAUUUUGUCAAAAUUUGUAACAGAAAGCAGUCUAAAAUCGGCCCACCGUAUCUGCCCUCAAAUUUAAAGGCGCACAACUCCAGCUUGAAAAGUUUCGCUCCGUGUGAGACACGCCGUCGAGAAUCCGGCGAAUGCAUAGUAUUGGGGAAAGAAAAGUAUUUUAGUUUUCCUAAAAUCCAUAUUUCCAAAGUCGCUCUCAUCCUUUCCCAUUACUUUUUUCUCUUUCUUCUCUGUAAAAUCUCCCGUCUUCCGCUCGAAUUCUCCAUUUUAUCAGUGGAGCGCACUUGCAUCCACCCUCGCGUUUACCACCCCGUGUGACCCGCUUCUUGUGUUCUUGUUAGAUAAUACCGAAAUUUUAUUGACGUAGGGAAUUCUUAAACCUUUUCUAGAGCUUCUUCUCAUCUUUUAUAGAACAAAUACACCUUUUUGAUAAGAAAAAGACAAAUUACAUCAUUUUACGGAAGAUAUGACUUUUUUCAAUGAUUUAUCGCAUUAUUAUCAAUUUCAGGUUCAUCCCGAUAAUUUGAGCGACGAUUCGGCGACAUCUCAAUUUUUAGAGCUCAAAAAUGCGUACGAUGUGCUCAGGUUUGUGCGAAAAAAGACUAGCGACAACAAAGUUUUAGUCUUCGUAGUCUUGCUUAUUGCAUGAAUGAGAAAACAGGUCGCCGGACACGUUUUUGUGUACAGAAAAGGCCAGGCAUGUGCAUUUUUACCUCAGUUAUCAUGCCUUCCGCUUUCUGCCGGACACUUUUUAGUGAAAGGCGACAGUCAGCCUACUUUAGAGUCCAAAGUUUCAAAAGUAAAGUAUCAGUAAAAUUGCAGACGACCAGCGGAUCGCCGCCAGUACGACUACCACCUGAAAGGCGGCGGCGGCGGCGCGAAUGGCCGAAACCGACAAUAUCAUCACUAUCCGUACGCGUCGCCGCCCCCGCAGUACGAUUUUGGCAGGUAACGCUCUUUAUAUCUUGAACAUUGUGUUUCUCUAAAAAAACCGACGAUACAUAAUCAUGAAGUGAAACGGAAAUUGUUUGUAGAGACUGGUCGACGUACUGGAGCCAGAACCCGGACAAUUCGAGGGCGACGCGCGAGCAACGCGACAAAUCGUCGCGCGAAUUCAUGAAAUCGAUUGUGAAAUGGACGGCCGUCGGACUGCUUCUCGUCGCCGGAUACAACGGAGGAUAUGUGUACGUGUUAUUCCGGGUCCAUAUGUAUCAGAGAUCAGAGAGGCCGAAAAGGCAGCAAGUUUCGCAAAAGACAGGGCUUCCGGCCUCAAACCUAAUGAUCUAAUCGGUCUGUAACUUGGACCCAACAUUCUUCUCACCAGGUCCAAGAAGCCUGCAGAGUUUGGGCCCGAUUGCAAGUGGGCCAAAAGCCCAGGCCUCAAACCCAGCCCUGAGCACACCCAAUGAUACUUCUAAUUUUGCGUACUUACUACAAAACCAACGAAUACCAUUUCCCUUCUUUUAGAAGCAAUCUCGCACCGUCCCGUUUUCCCUAAAUGCUCAAUGUUUCUACUAAACCGUCAAAACGUUUCCUCCAUGGAAUCACGUAGCAAAACCCAAUACCGUGUAAAAUGAGUUUGAAGGCUUUUGCCGAAAUUUCCCGUUUCUUAUUGCAGAUAUUUGUUGAGUCGGCGCCAAAAACAAUUGGAUAAUCUGAUCGACGAGGACGAAAUCGCCAAAUGUUUCCUACGACAAAAAGAGUUUAAAAAUUCGAAUUACGAAGACUCGGAGGUGAAUUUGAGGGCUUUCUCGAUUAAUAACAAUUUUGUUUGCAGAUUGCCGAGCUCGGACGUCUUCUGAAAGCCGACGUCGACGAGAUUUGGAAGACGAAGACGCAGAGAAAUUCGAACGAAAUUCGAGAGGAAUAUCGGUGAAAAUGCAAACGAUCCUUUGUCGUUCGAUAACAAAAAAAGUUCCAGAUGGUUCCGCGCGGUCCAAGACAGCGAUCACAUUCGAUCGGUGAAGGAGAAACGGAUGGAAAGACGGGAAAAAGAGCGGAAUAAAUGGAGGAACGAGACGGAAGACUGA